AUGGGUGAAAUUGACGUUACAACAAUUGGUUUGACCACUACUUUUGCCACAACAACAGAAGCAUCGUUGGUAGUCACAGCAAUUUCUUGCAAGUCCUUCGCAGGAAAUGCUGGUCAGUCCUGCUCUUCAUUGCCUGGCAUCAUCGAUUUGAACCGAAUUUUGAAAACCGAUAACAAUUUAAAUGCUUGCGCUUACUCGUUGUUACAGUAUGCUUGCGCAGAUGUGGAAGCAGUCAAACCAGAAACCAUUGUGUCCAUCUUGAAAUGCUACAUCACAAAUCCUGACGCUGUAAUUACCCAAGACGCCUUGUCGCUGUUCAUCUCCAAGAUACCUCUGGACACACUCAAGGUUGUGCUGAAUGAAAUUGGCGCCCAGGUCCAGGCAUCCAACAUAACUCCCAGCGCCAAGGGGUAUGUAUUAAAUGCAGUUUGGGAGAGCCUCAGGAGCAGUUCCUCUCAACUGGCCCCGGGCUUCUUAGCUUCCUGGUUCCAGGAACGAUUAUACCCUUUCCUUCCUGCUAUCAACGUUGACAUCUUGGACUGUAUGACCCAGCUUCCCCUGACAUGUGAUGGAUUCGAAGCAGUGGUCGAAGCUUUGGACAUGGUUUAUGUAAACUUUGACAACCACACCAGACAAGAGAUUGGAAACUGGAUUUCACGAUUUAUCCGGGCCAACUCCUGCAGAAAGUCCUCUGUAUCUGAAUGGAUUACAACCUACUUCAGACGAUUCAAAAAUGACGUGAACUACGUAGUUUAUCAAACAGCCUGGCACGAUAUAGAUUUGAGCUCAGCGUUGGACGUGGCCACGUCCUUCCAAGUGGCUGACUAUGUCAUCGGCUCCAAUGCGUUCAGCAGUGUACAAAGUUCAUCAGCUAUUAUUGAGUUCCUGAAUAAAAAGGACAUUUUUUACAUUGUGGACUUUCUGGACAGCUUCUCGCAGUUGUCUGGGUCCUCCUCUGCCUCCUAUCAGCAAGACGUGCUCUUCUCCCUGCUGCAAAUCACACUUUUCAAGCUAAACAAAACCGAUGAAUUAGAGUGCAAGCCAUGGCUGGACGAAAUCUUCCAAGUAAAGAUUAAGUUCCUUUUGAGAGCUAUUAACGAGAGCGCCCUCCAACUCAUCCCCAACGUGGACUGCAAUGACUUCCACAACAUAUUCGGAGGUGUGGAUCUUGUGUAUGACGACUUAAGUGCAGAGAGCCGACUGGCUGUAUUUAAGUUUAAGCAGGAAUUUUUGAAGAAGGAAGUUCUAAAAGCAGGAUCGGGAUGUACCUAUGGCUUAUCCAACCAGCAGUGGCUUAAGGCUAGUUUUGGACCUUUUAUCAGCUAUCUUACCUACAGUGAAAUACUCUAUCUGAAUCCUUCCUUCGAUGGAUUUGAUGCCCUAUCACUUUUAACCGUGAACCAGACACUGGAGCUUAUUAUACACUCAAAGUUCCUGGUCACCGUAGAAAGCUAUGCAGAGUUAGAGUUCCGAGUCGCUGCCUUUGUCGAAUACAUCCGGAUUAAAGGAUUCGUGGAGUUGCGAGAAUUCUUGAUACAAUUUAGAAGUUUACUUAUUCAGUACAAUAUAGUUUCCAUCGCCAAUGAACGUGUCAGCUGUUCACUCUUCGAGGUUAUCUGGGAAAUAUUGAUCAGCCAGUACCCUCAAUUUACCCUCGAUGACUGGCACAAAUGGUUCAAUGAAUACCUGCCCAUCUUCCUACCGUGCAUUAAGAAGAAACAUCUUGAUGGACUAUCCAUUGGAGUGGUUAAAGAUUGCGCAAGAUUACAAACAGUCGUUCAAGGUUUUGAUUCUAGCUUUGACUACCUGAGCGUAAGCACCAAGAAUGACAUCACUUUAUGGAUAUCAGAUUUUCUCAGGGUCACACAAUGUAAUAGUUCUGAUUGGCUGAACAUAAACUUCAGACGAUUUAAGACAUUCGUCAACAUUUCCGUCAUAAUUGAAAUUAAUAAAGAAUUUGAUCUGCUUGAGUCCCUCGAGGAAUUCAGCGCCAGCCAAAUUGGAGAGAUUGUGGUCUACGAAGAGUCCGCUCGGACUAACGUUGAAGUCAUUGAAUCCAUCUUUGAUGUCCUUGUGAAUGUCUCGGCAGAGAAAGUAGAAGAAAACUUGGGCUUUUUCUGGGAUAGGCUGAAUGUAGUCUACGCAGAGACAAUAACCUUCACAGAAGAGGUGAAGUACACAAUGUUGGAACGGACCACCGUAGAACUGCAGGAAUCUUACUUAUCCUUUACGGCAGAAAAGUACACCCUUUGGUUUGAAGAAAGACUCGAACUUGUGAUCAGCACCAUCAAUUACAGUAUUUUAUCUCAAAUACCUCUUGAAAUUGGCUGUUCGCAAUUCAAAGCUGUGGUUACUUCUGUCAAUAAAAAAUACGACGAUGUCGUGGAAGGAAACAAGGAAGGCAUCUUUGACUAUUUCCAAAGCUACCUAAAAAAAGGCACAUGUAAAUAUGAACAAGAGACCUCCAAGACUUUUAUUUUAAAUUUCCUCGCAAGUUUUUCAUACUUUGCUUCCUUUGAAGAAAUUAUUACUUACAAUGCCAAAUUUGAUAUUUUUGAAGAAGGAGUGUUCAGCAUUCUGACGGAGACUCAAAUCGGUGACGCCAUGGUGGUUGCCAAUAUCUUCCAAAGCGUGGAGAGCUCUACCAAGCUCUUUGCGUUCUUCAAAACCAUCUCUUAUGAGAAAGUUGACGCGUGCUUCAUCCAGUUCACCAAGAAAGCCAUUGAGAAAAACAUCGAGAUUGAAAAUGUCGAAGUGGGACGUUAUUUACUGAGCAGUUACUUGACUAUCGUGCAAAGUCAAAUCAGGACCUACACGGACGUGCAGCUGGUGCAACUCUUCCAAACAAGACUGUUCCUGCUGAUUCGGUUCUUUACUCGGGAAACAAUCUCUCUCAUCGUUGUCCAAAACUGCAACAGUCUGGUCGCUGUUGUGAACCAGCUGGACAAAAGUUUCAAUGCCCUGUCCCCAGAAACGAUUCAAAUCAUUGCCGACUGGAUUAUCAGCAUUCUGAAGAACGCUAACUUCAAUGGCUGCCAGGUGGAUUCACAGAUCACUUGGGUUGAAAUCACCUUCAAACGUUUCUUUAAGUUUGUUAAACUGGAUGAUAUUGUGCUUGUUUACCAAAGGUUUGACCCUCUUCAAGUCAUUGGAAGUACCAGCAUCUCCCAGAAAGCUGACUAUAUUGUGAGAUUUAAUGCUUUGAACAACGUUACAAUAAUAGAAACAGUGUUGGAAACAUUAAAGGGGGAAACUUCAACUGUCUCCGUCUCUACAAUCAUCGAGUUCCUGGAGUCAUUUAACAUCGCAUAUGGGGAGCUAAGCAUCCAGAGCAUGUCCGUGGAAGUAAGAGAGACGGUUAUGACCUUCCUUUUCACCUACUGGACAUCUAACUUCAAUCUGCUAAAGGACGAAGAGAUUAGAAAGUUUGAGGUGCUCUUCAAGUACUUCUUAGCUGGCAUUAAAAUUGAAACAGUGAAGCUUAUCUCUUUGGAAAUGAACUGCAAUUACUUCCAAAUCACAUUCCAAGCUUUCAGCAGCGUUUUCGACUUUUUACCUGAAGGGGUCAGGAAAGCCUUGUUUGACAUCAUCAUUGCCUAUCUAAAUCGCCAUUCUGGAGGCUCCUCAGGACAAGUCUGCGGUACCUUAUACAGCAACAGCAAAACCUACCUGACCUCAAUUUAUUUCAAGUUUGUGUAUUAUGCGUCCUUCUACGAACUGGAGGCCUUCUAUGACAAAUUUAACGCGUAUGAAGUGUUGGACCUCUUCUCUGGCACACAGUUGGGCAACCUUCUUAUCAACAGUUCAGCUAUCCGAGAGCAAAAAAAAGCAGUACAGAUCCUUGUAGAACUGGACAAACGUGGUGCUACAGAAGUAAUUGCAUUUAUAGGUGAAGUUAGCAAGGUUGCAGAAGAGAAAGGAAUUACUAGUCUUCCAGAUGCAAACAUCGAAUCUCUGAUACUCGAUACGGUCUUGACCAAAAUACCCGAAAAUAACUACAUAGCCUAUUUUGAAACGCAACUCAAGAUUUUACUCGCAAGCAUUUCUGUUGACAAAAUCAAAGACCUUCCUACAGACGUUGACUGCGAUUCUCAAGCCUCCGCGGUUCGUGGUUUCGGGAACGUGUUUGACCGUCUCUCUGAAGAGAAGCGCGUAGCCGUGCAUGAACAUAUUAAGAAGUUCCUCACAGCAAAGAAAGAUUCCCAAGGCAACUCAUGUCACUCGGAUACGAGCAGCGCUGAAUGGAUUGUGAACAACUACGGAGAAUUCAGAGAGUAUGCCACUCUGGAAGAGUUCCAGCAACUUAACGCCAACUUUAGCGUGGUUUCUGCCCUAUCAGAAUGCACGGGUUCUCAGAUUGCAGAUUUUGUUAUUAGCUCUGGAGGCCUAAACAGCGAGGAAACUAUCACCACUGUGUUUGAAAAUCUGGAAUCCACCGUAGAAGUCUACGCCUUUUAUGAAAAGUUGAACGAAGUUGCUGCUACUGAAUUGAGAGAGAGCCUGCAAGUCGAACUGAUUUUGGAAAAUACUUUUGAGAUAAUUUCAACGGACUUUAAAGUUUUCAAGGAAGAACAAUGGGUAGAGUGGUUCCAAGUGGUCCUACAGAAUGUCUUAUUUGCUGUAAAGGAAACCGAGCUACAGACAAUUCCCCUUCCUCUUCCCUGCAAUAGUUAUCAGCAAAUAGUAAAAGGUUUUGAAAAUGUUUUUGAAAAUAUGAAAGAACAAACCAAGGAGAUUGUCUAUGAAAAGUUUAUUAAGAAGCAGUUUGAAUCCGCACCAACGCUCGCAGGCGUUAUCUGUGGAGACAAAUCACAGAGAACUCAAGAAUGGAUAGAUAUCAAUUUUGGAUCAUUUUCGCAAUUUGCUUUGUUCACCGAUAUUUUGAAGUGGAACCAGAACUUUGCUGUGACGGAGGUCAUCUCCACUUUGAGUGUUGAGCAGCUCGCCGAAGUAGCCUUGCAGCCCGAGACCAUCAGCAACGAAGAGGUUGCUUGUCAGAUUGUGGGGAGACUGCAGCAGUUCGCAAUUAAUGAUGUCUACCUGUUCUUGGAUCAGUUCAACUCACUUUUCAUCAAGCUGAACAUUUCAGACUUACCAAGCGAAGUUAUUCGACUGAAGUUUCUCUCUGCGUCUAUUGAACUGAUUGAAAAUGAUUUGUCUACCUACUCAGCAAGCAAUUGGGAGACAUUGUUUUCCACCAGGCUCAGACCAUUCCUUAAGAGUAUCAAUUCUGAGUUAUUGGAUGUCCUCCUUAGUAAGAUGAAAGUUAAUGACUACCCCAUACUUAUCAAAUAUCUGGAUGAAGUAUAUGACAGCUUGUCACCUGACACCAGAGAAAGCAUGUACGGAAGCCUGAGGAGAUACCUCACCCGUGAAUCUGAGAACACAGGUAUGUUAAAAACGUUGUCUGUUUUAUGA